CUCUGAAGAUGUGUUUUAUUCUGCGCCGCGGAGGAGGCAACGUUGUUGCGAUAUUGGAGGGCACAGCAACGUUGCCAAGAUCGAAAUAAGCACAGAAACGCAGAGCAUCAAACGAUCCACUGAUACAUAAAAAUGCAACACGACAUCAGCAACACAACGUCACAAAUCGAAAUGGGUUGUCGAUGGUGCCUCAACGUUCUUAAAAUUAUGUGUUAUAGACGCCGUAGCAUACGCCGCUUCUCCUCUCGUUUGACUGGUACAUGACGUAAACUCGCAAACCCGCCUCGAUGUAAUUUGAAAUGAAACGCCUGCGAGUGGAUGAAACGCUGAAAGAAGGAAGUGGUUCACCUGCAACUGCUGCUUUGUACAGUCAGUCCUUGCAGAAUACGUCGUCUCCUUUGGCCUACUCGAGUGCGGGUAACAUUAAAGUGGUCAGUGAAGGUAUGCAGUCAGGACUUUACCCGCCGCCUCCGGUGAGUUACGGUGCAAUGCCGGCCGCAACGGCACCCCAUUCUGGAAAGGCUUCAGCCAUGCAGCCCAUGUCAGUGAGUGGCCACUCACAAAUUCGGACGGCCGGUUCUUCCCCACCAACGGCCCCAAUGCAAGAGUUGCAGCAGCAACAACAACAGCCUCCGCAAUCUCAACAGCAGCAAUCUCCGGGCGGCAAUUUUCAACGCCUCAAAGUUGAGGAUGCGCUCUCCUAUUUGGACCUCGUUAAAUUCAAGUUUGGCUCAAAGCCUCAAGUGUACAAUGACUUUUUGGACAUAAUGAAAGAAUUCAAGAGUCAAAGUAUUGAUACUCCGGGAGUAAUACAACGAGUGUCUAAUUUAUUCAAAGGUUUUCCUGAUUUAAUUGUCGGUUUUAACACUUUUUUGCCACCGGGUUAUAAAAUCGAAGUGCAGAAGAGCGAUCAAGGAUACGCAUUUCAAGUGUCAGUUAGCAUGCCUAGUCCGACAGGUAAUUUACCUUCUGAUCCUCAACAACAGAAGAUGAUUAUGAGGGGUUCGGGUACGAUAAAUAUGUCGAGUUCGGUACCGUUGACCACGAUGCCUCCUUGUCAACCGCUCUUAACCCAACACGUUCCCCCGGUAGCUCCACAAGCUGCACCGUCCAUGCCGGUCGUGCAUCAUCCUUCGAGUUAUGGAAGCGGUGCACCAACUUACAACAACUCGAUGUCGCUGUCGGCAGCACAAGUUGCAGUUAGUCAGGCGUUGCAAGGGCACACGGACACGCCGCAGAACCAACCAGUGCAGUUUAACCAUGCUAUCAACUACGUUAACAAAAUUAAGAACCGCUUUCAAGAUCAACCCGAGAAAUACAAAAGGUUCUUGGAUAUUUUGCACAUCUACCAAAAAGAACAACGCACAAUGAAAGAGUCGCCAAGUGGUGGUUCAAGUGGCAAACAUCUAACUGAGCAAGAAGUGUACAGUCAAGUAGCAAAGCUAUUUGAAAACCAGAGUGAUCUUUUAGCCGAAUUUGGCCAAUUUUUACCAGAUGCCACGAGUCACAUCAAUCCAACGCCAAUUUCUGAUCAUUCCGUAGUGAAAAAACCUUCAGCAAAACCAUAUCCUAGGGAAACCAUAAUGGAGAGACCUUCUCAUAAACCAAGCCACAUUUCUGGACAACUUAAACGCUCUCCAACGUACACUCCCAUGAUACACAGGGAUGCACCUCCUCCAAAAAAACACAAAAUAUCAUCGUGCAGAGACGUUACUUUGGCAGAGGCUGGAAAGUAUGGAACGUUAAAUGACUAUGCAUUUUUCGAUAAGGUACGCAAGGCUGUGCGCUCACAAGAGGUAUACAACAAUUUUCUUCGUUGUCUAAUCCUCUUCAAUCAAGAGAUCAUAUCCAAGAGUGAAUUAAUAAUGGUAGUGAGUCCCUUCUUAGGAAAAUUUCCUGAAUUAAUGCGAUGGUUCCGUGAAUUUCUCGGUCAAAAUGAUGUGGAACCCAUGCCGUACAGUGCCACUCGUACAGAAAGACCUCAAGGGGAAACAGCGUUAGAAAUCGAUUUAACGACAGCUAAACGUUUGGGUGCUAGUUACUGUGUAAUUCCCCCAUCGCAAGAAGGGUUAAGUUGCUCCGGUCGCACACAGCUGUGCAAAGAAGUGUUAAAUGAUCAGUGGGUGUCAUUUCCUACGUGGUCAGAGGAUAGUACUUUCGUUAGUUCACGCAAGACCCAGUAUGAAGAGUACAUGUACCGGUGUGAAGAUGAAAGAUUCGAGUUAGACGUAGUUAUUGAAACGAACGCAUCUACAAUUAGAGUCCUAGAAGGUGUUAACAAAAAACUAAGUCGAAUGAAUGCUGAAGAUGUGGCUAAAUAUCGCUUGGACGAUUGUUUAGGUGGUUCUUCUCCUACAUUACACCAACGAGCACUUAAAAGAAUUUACGGAGAUAAAGCUCAAGAUAUUAUUGAUGGCCUGAAACGUAAUCCUCAAACAGCUGUGCCUGUUGUACUUCGAAGACUUAAAGCUAAGGAAGAAGAGUGGCGAGAAGCACAAAAAGGUUUCAAUAAAAUUUGGCGAGAACAAAAUGAAAAAUAUUAUCUUAAAAGUUUGGAUCAUCAAGGUAUAAAUUUCAAGCAAACAGAUGUAAAGGCUCUGAGGUCGAAAAGUUUGUUUAACGAAAUUGAAACUUUGUUUGAUGAAAGACAUGAACAAAAUGAAGAAGGUGCAGAACCAGUUACAGGUCCCCAUUUAAUUAUUCCAUAUCGAGAUCGUACGAUUCUCGAUGAUGCAGCAAAUCUUCUAAUUCACCAUGUUAAGAGACAGACGGGUAUCCAGAAAGGUGAAAAGAGGCGAAUAAAACAUCUUCUACGACAGUUUCUGCCUGAACUGUUUUUCCAUCCAAAGCAGCAACUAACAGACGAUGAACGAGAGGAUGACGACGAAAAAGAGGAUGGCGACGAAAGCCCCAUUAGUAGCCCUAAUACGAAUAACCCCAAAGGUAAAAGCGACUCAAGUCCAGGGAAGUCUCCAGGACGUUUAGACGGCGAAGUGGAAGUAAAAACUGACCCUGAUGCAAAAGAAGACGACGUCAAAGUUCCGUUGCACGCACAAGUAUCAGAUCCGGAUGAAGCUUACACCCUGUUCAUGGCCAACAACAAUUGGUACAUAUUUUUACGGUUACAUGCCGUCUUAUGCGAACGAUUAGCAAAAAUAUAUGAGCGUGCUGUAAUUUUGGCCGCUGAAGAGGCGAAAUCACGGACAGGCCGCAAAGAAAGUACAGCCGUUGCGCUGAGACUAAAACCAAAGCCUCAGAUCGAAGUGGAAGAUUACUACGUUGCGUUUUUGGAUAUGGUCAAAAAUCUGUUAGACGGUAACAUGGAUGCAAACACGUAUGAGGACACUUUAAGAGAGAUGUUCGGUAUCCACGCAUAUAUUGCCUUCACGUUGGACAAAGUUGUAUCUUAUGCGGUACGACAGCUUCAACAUUGCGUGACAGAACGAACAGCCAUAGCGUGCACGGACCUGUUCGUUAAAGAACAGAAACGUGGCGCCACAGGGGGUUCAUGUGCCACUGCUCAUAAGAGAGCACAUCUGGAAAUGGCUUAUCAAAGAAGUGGCGAAAAAGCUGUUCAAGAUGAAAACUGUUUUAAAAUUUACAUCUACAAGAAAGACUGUAGAAUGACAGUUGAAUUGUUGGAUACAGAUUCAGAAGACCCAAAAAAGGUCGAUGAUGCUAAAAAGUGGAGUAGUUAUAAGGAAUGUUAUACUGAUAUUACGAAUGCAGACAAUAAGCCGCGUUCACCAGUCUAUUUAAAUAGAAAUCUACGAAUGUAUAAAAAACGAAGGGGCCUCUAUAAUAAAGCGGGUGAUAAAAAGAAUUCCGCGAGCAGUCAAGGUGAAUCAAGUGAUGAUCAAAAAAAGAACGAUGAAAAGAAGUCCAGUAGAACAGAUGACGCUGAUAAGAAAUUUGCAAUGUUGGAAGAACUUGAAAGAAAACUGAAUGAGCGCCCUUUGCCUGAACGAAACCAAACAGAUCAUCCAGGUUAUGAGGUGUCAGAUGAAACCCAGUGUAAAUUCAAUCCACAAGAUUCCAAAAUCAUGUUCAAUGUGAACAAAGAUAGUUAUCUCUAUAAAUUACGUGCCUUCAGCAGAGCGAGAAAGACUCACCCAGAGGUAACUAAACGGCUGUCAUCGAAGUUCCGUGUGUGGUUAAAGAAAUGGGCUAGUGUGAACGUUAGUGAUGUGCAACAUAAACAUUGUAUAGACUGGUUGAUGGGUCGUGGUGAAGGCGUUGUGCCCAACCGAACGCGGGUGCUAACGGACAAUGAUCUUUCACGAACUCCAUAUGUAUCUUACAAUAGGUAUCGAGUAGAAAGGCUGAACGAAGACGCUACAUGAGGGAAAUCAAUUAUUAAAAUUCAUAGUGUAUGACAGAUUGUUUAAAUUUUGUUUUUGUAAUAUUUCAGUUCCUUGAAUAUAUCCGCAACGUUUAUUUUUUUAAAACUCUCUUUUCGAAAGUGUUUUGUCUAAUGCUCCAAGUUAAAUUUUUCAUAAUACAUUGUUUUUAUAUUGUGUUACUACUCAGUAGUUUCUGUUGUCAAAUUAUUUAUUGAUUUAUUUAUAACGUUGAAAAUACCCUCGAAGUGAUACUUUUUUAAUAAGCUAAGGAUUAAACGUACUUUUGUUUUGUACAGAUAUUUUAAUUGAUUUUCUACUUAUAGUCCAAAAUUCAUGUUUUUCGUUUUGGUGUUUUAGUUUAAAAGUUAAUAAGUAGUGCAAUAGCUAUUUUAAACUAAAACAACAUUUUAUUCUGUUAAUAUUAUUUUUCACAAGAAUUUUGUAUGUCUUACUAUAGUACAAAAAAAGUAAGUUAUGUUUUGUAUUGCUCUUGUUACGCAGUUUUUCUUUAAAUUAUUUUCUUCGUUGUUAAAAAUCUUAACUUUAAUGUUGGCAUAUCUUGUCGGCAUCUAUGUUGUAAUAAAUUAAAUUUAUUGAGACUGCUCAACUUAGAAAGCAUUUAUAAUCAUUAAGUACUUCAGGGCGGUUUCGAUGUGUUAGAAACAAGCAGUUAAAACUGUAGUUUCCAAGUUAAAAAUUAUAUUUUUGUAAUAAAUUCAUAGGAAUACAAGAAA